AUGGAGGUAGCCCACGAUACGGGCAGAGCUGGAGCAGCGCAGCAUGCGUCGACUGCGCAGAGCCUUGCGAGAAUUCUGAGGGAACACAGAGACAUACAGCGCAAUGCGUCGCCCCAUUGGACAGCUGCCCCUCUUUCACUUGAGGAACCGCGAGAGUGGCAUUUCACAUUGAGGGGACCGCCAGAUUCUCCUUUUGAAGGGGGCCUGUACCAUGGGCGUAUUGUGUUGCCAAAGAACUAUCCCUUUGCUCCUCCAUCUCUGAUGUUGCUUACGAGAAACGGCAGAUUCGACAUAAACAAGAAGAUAUGCUUAAGCGCUAGCAGCCACCAUCCCGAGCUCUGGCAGCCAGCAUGGGGCAUUCGCACGCUUCUCGAUGCGCUCUGUGCUUUUUUCCCCACACCAGCUCAGGGGGCUCUGCAUGCCUUAGAGGCUUCGGAGAAGGACCGGAGGCAGAUGGCGCUUGAGAGCGCCUCUUGGGUGUGUCCAGUUUGCAAGAGACCCAACAAGCAACUUGUUGAAGAGGGUUGCGCGGCACCUACGAACACUCUACCAGAACUACCUGAACAGCUGAAGGCUCAGGCACUUCUUGCGCGAGAUCAAAGCAAGCAGCAGCAGACGAAUGCAAGUACUGUUCAUGGGCGAAUGGUGACCUCGCAGGUUGAGAGCCCGUCGGUUGUUGGCACUGUUCCUCGAGAACCGUCUUCCAACAACAGCGACGGCAACAACAGUGGCGGCAUCAUCCCAAACAACAGCAGUGGCAGAGAUGAGGUGUCUGCUGCGCGGAAUACUGAAGACGUUUCUACUACCAGGAGAUCUGGUCGGCCCCAGGCUACUCCAUUCUGGACUUAUUGGCUUGGUUCGCCGGCUAACAGGACGGAGUUUCUUAUUGCAUGGGCUGACUUGAUGCUCUUGCUGUUGCUGCUGGCUUCAUUGCUGUUGCUAGGUGAUUUGCUGUUGCAGCCUCCCAGAUUUUCGCUGCUGCUCCCGUCGCCUUCGCUUAACAGCUGA